AUGGCUAGCUUCCAGCAAGGGGAAAAGCAGCUUUUUGAGAAGUUCUGGAUGGGGACUUUUAAAGCUGUGGCCACUCCGAGGAGGGAAAGCGUGAUCGUUGCCAGCAUCACCGCUCGGAAGCCACUGUCGAGUGAUAAUGUCAACUGUUCAUUAUCUCCAAACAAAGACACCAGACAGGAGAAACUAAAAGAAAAUAUGGAGAAUGGGAGUACAACAAGAAGGCUCGGGAGAGAGCUAAGCCCCCACCAGUACCAUGGUGAUAGGUUUUUAGAAGCAGAACCACUCAGCCCUUCACCACCUCCCAAGGGGAAAAAGAAGAAGAAAAAAUCUGAUCGCAAAAAGAGAAAAAGGUCACGGUCUUACAGUCCUUCUCCGGUGAAAAAGAAAAAGAAGAAGAGUUCAAAGAAACAGAAGAGAAACAGGUCUUCAUCAAAGAAGAGAAGACACACUUCAUCCAGUCCAAAAAGUAAAAGAAAGCAUGACAGGAAACACAGAAAGCAAUCACGUGGUAGGCCACGAAAAUCCCACCAUCAUCGUUAUCAACAUUCUCGCUCUCCAAGCACUGAGUCUAGAACCUAUGAAAACAGAACGAGGGAGCAAUCUAAAGAAGAGCGGCAUCGGUCAAGGAGAAAGAAACACAAAUACCACAAUUCUAGGUCUGUAAAUAAGAAGCAAAGAGAAGUCACCCCACUGUCUGCACAGAGCAGCAUCUGCUCCUCCAAGUUGACAAUUUCUCAAUCAGUCCCUGGCCUUUUGGUCACAACAGAGAAUCAUGGCGGUUGUCAGAAGGAUGUCUCAAACGAGUAUGACUCGGGAAAUGAUUUAUGCACCCCUCCCUCGAUGCAGACAAGUUCCUCUGUGUUAAAGAUUAACCAGGACAAAGAGAGUCCUAUUCAUCAGGGUUUUGGACGUGUCCCUUCAUCUGUGAAGACUCCAAAUGGUCACAGUGACAACAUCUCUGAUUCAGGGAAUUCAUCUGCCAGCUGCUUUUCCUUUAGUAAAGAUUCAUCACUUCAUUUGGAAGAUUCACGGACACCGGCAAAAAGAGAUUUGUCCUCUUGUCUUGGCUGCCUUGAAGAACACAAAAGUGUAUCUGACAUAUCACCUGACAGAACAUCUGUACACAGAGAUCGAUCACGAAGCUCCUCAUACAGAAGCACCAGAAGGUCUUACUCCCGUAGCUCAAGUCAUUCCAUCAGCUCUUAUUCCUCUUACUAUAGGUCAUCUUCAGGUAGAACGUCUCGAAGCAGAUCCAUCUCUUCAGGUGCAAGGUCAUACUCAAGAUCCCCCAGCUAUUCUUCCAAAUCGGCCAGAAAGAGCACUGGAAGUAGAAAUUCAAGAACACGAAGAAGUCCCAGUUACUCUCGCUACAGUCCAAGCAGAGAUCGAGAGAGAAAUAACAAGUAUGAUUCUGGGGAAAAAGAAACUCGUAAAGGAGGUCACAGGAUAAGACGGAGCUCUUAUUCCCCUUUGAGAAAGCGCAGAAGAAAUUCUCCAAGUCACCUGGAAGCAAGAAGGAUCACUAGUGCUCGCAAGCGCCCCAUCCCAUAUUACCGGCCUAGCCCAUCAUCAUCGAGCAGUGACAGCAGCAACCCUUCGUGGUACAAUCCAAGAAGCAGGUCCAGAAGUCACAGUUACUCAAGUCACAGCAGGAGCCGCAGCAGGGACUGGAACAGAAGCUCUCGGGAGCCCAGUAGGAGUCGUAGUAGAAGUUGGAGCCGAAGUUCUGACUCUUGUGACAGCCUCAGACGCUGAGAAUCCCAGCCUGGUUAUUCAUACCUAGCUCUGCAGCACGACUAGUGAAAUAUUCAUCAUGAACAUCCUUCUCUACAACACUCAACAGAUCUAGUAUGAGGAUACAUAGAAGAAAUGUCCGAAUUCCUCCUUCCUUACA